AUGUCCGGGCUCUCUCGGAUAAUUACUCGCAUCCCGAUUCGGCAGGCCUCGACCAACGCUCAGGAUGCACACGCAAUUUGGAAAGAAGUAAAUCGGCUAGCCAGUGAAGGCAAAUGGGACAACCUAAACAACCAGCCAAAAUUGUUUCUGUUUGGGAAAGCUAAAAGGGAAACAUACGCGGUUUACAGAGCCAUGAAUACGAAGACGGACUACUGGUCAACAACUCCUUAUGGACAAUUUUUGAAAGGAAUUUUCCGCUUGGUUGUUGCCUUUGCCGCCAUUCAGGGGGCUGUGUCUUUGUACGAGUUCGUGGUCCCGGAAGAAAAAAGGCUCCACUACAAGUAUCGCGAGAAACAUGGGCACGAUGAAGGCCAUGGACAUCAUUGA